AUGUUCAACAGGAGCGGUAAUGUUAAUUGCAGUCACAUGUUCAGGGACGAUAAUCCCCCUUCUUGGAUGAACGUGUUCUGGCAGUGCAUGUCCCUAGUGCUGGUGGGUGAGAGUGUUCUCACCGUCUACGUCAUCAGGAGAUGCCCCAAAAUGAGACAAAAGACAUCAACGAAGCUUGUCACUAACCUGGCCGUCAGUGGAGGCUUGUGUGGCUGUCUCGUCUUCAUCUUGACCAUAACUAGACUGAUGCACAGGCUGAGAGAAGCGACGGUGUGGUGCAUCAUCAUCCUCCCACGUUACUUACACAUCGUCUCCGUCCUCUGCCUCUCCUGUCUGGCUCUCGAUCGCUACUUGGCCAUCUGUUGGCCACUGCGGUACAACGAUCUACUGACGGACUCCCGCUGCAAGGUUCUGGUCUUGGGCUGCUGGGCUGUGCCGGUGUUAACGUUCAUCGUACUACUCCCAAGUACCAAGUUCAGCUGUUUCCAUCCCUCACCGUUCCUCACAGGGUACUUGACUGUGUUCACCGUGGCGUCCCUGGCGGUGGUGCUGAUGUACGUACUGAUGGCGCGAGAGUUCCGGCGGCGUCGACAUGAGAUGGAACAUGCCAACAAAACUAUGGAGGAGGACAACCGCCGCAUCAGAGUGAAGACAGCCAUUGAUGUCCUCAUUAUCGUUUUCCUUAAGUUGCUCUUGGCUGUCCCUGAUGUGAUAGUGAACCUACUGAGGGUGGUGCAGGUGAUAGAGUGGGACUACACCUAUGUCUUCGCUCCGCUGUUGAUGCUGCUCCACGAGAUGAUCUGCCUUCCCCUCAUUUCCUGGAGAAAUGCAGACUUCCGCGCCGCCCUCUACUCCAGCUGCCGCACCUUCAGGAAGACGUGUUGCCCACGACACGCCGCCAAAGCUCCCAGUGACAGUGAUUCAUCAAAGAAUAUUAAAUUGGUCACCAGAGACAGCCAGAUCUCUAAUAACGUUUCUCAGGUCACCCAAGCCAGCGAACUCUCUAAAGAUAUUUUCCAGACCGCCCAAGAAAGUCAUCUCUCAGAUACCAUUUCCUAGUUCACUCAAGACAACGAGCCAGAUGAAGAUAUUUCCAAGUUCAUCCCAAGGUCGUCAGCUUUCUGAAGAUAUUCCCCAGUUCUCCCAACGCAGUUAUCCAAGGACUAGCAAGGGUUGACUUGAACAUCUGCCUUUGUGAAGAAGAUAUUUGCUCCGGAAAUACGACGCAGAAGGAAUUGCGUGAUGGAAAUAUUCUGAGCUGUACACAAUAUUAGUGAAUCAUUUUACUGUAGACUCUUGUGUGUACGUGUAUAAUAUGUAUAAAUAUGUGUUUGUGUGUACAUAUCACCAGCAAAUUAACACGUGGUGUGAUAACGUAUAACCAGGAAGGAAAAUGGCAAAAAUGAAAUACAUGAGCUUCAUUGUGCCAAUUUUAGCACAUCGUUAAAAAUAAAUUUUUAGUGAGACCAAUCACAAAAUUAGAUGGGAUAAUUCUUGUAUAAUUUAUCCCCAACGCUGUGGUUCUAAAAGGGAAAAUAAUAGAAUUUACUUUUAUAAACAAUAA